CAGGCGGGUAUGGCAGCACCCGUUUCGGUCGCUGGUGCCGUCGCGUUCCCGCCGGGGACUGAUCCGAACGUGGUGGCGUGCUUUCAGGCGGCGGAUGCGGACGGGAGCGGGCUGAUCGAUGACAAGGAGCUCCAGAGGGCGCUUUCGAGUUACAACCAGAGCUUCAGCAUGAGGACUGUGCAUCUGUUGAUGUAUCACUUCACCAACUCCAAUGUUCGCAAGAUCGGACCAAAGGAAUUCACCUCUGUGUUCUACAGCCUUCAGAGUUGGAGGGGCAUUUUUGAGAGGUUUGACAGGGACCGGAGUGGCAAGAUUGAUACCAAUGAGCUCCGAGAGGCUCUUCUGAGCCUGGGCUUUGCUGUAUCUCCUGUUGUUCUUGAUCUGCUUGUCUCCAAGUUUGACAAGACUGGUGGCAAGAGCAAAGCUAUUGAGUAUGACAACUUCAUCGAGUGCUGCCUUACUGUUAAGGGCCUGACGGAGAAGUUUAAGGAGAAGGACACGGCGUAUUCAGGGUCCGCAACCUUCACUUACGAGUCCUUCAUGCUAACUGUGCUGCCCUUCCUCAUUGCUUAGAUAAACAAACAAGUUGCUUGUAUAAUAAGCUUUUCCUUCUGAACCAUUUUCUCCCAAGCGUCAGCAAACCUAGUGUGUAUGCUUGCUCUGCUUUAUUUUCUUUAUGUCCAUGAUGGUAUGACAGUUUCUUGAUGUGUUAUUUCCCCGUUAUAGGUGUUUGUAUUGCCUCUGUUGACGAGUUAUUUUUAGCUUGUGGUACGAGUAGAACUUACAAUGAGAUAAAAGGAAAAAAUUGUUAAUUAUCAGGUUAUUGU